AUGAUGAUGGGAGAAAUGAACCGUCCAAGUCAGAUCGUUCACGUUCCUCCAUGGUCCUUCACAACAGAGAAUUACACCUUCGCUUCGAGCCCUAAGGCCAAUGCUAAUGGCGGCGUCGAUGACUACUCUGUUUUCUUCCAGAACGACUCUAUAUCUGCGUUGAAGGCGUAUUUACGGUCCUGUACUCCGGAUAUUGAGAACGGGAACGGGAACGGGGAUUUUACGGUUGGCGCGCAAUCUUGCGAUCAAUUUCGGAUGUUCGAGUUUAAGGUGAGGAAGUGCUCACGUGGCCGGUCGCAUGACUGGACGGAGUGUCCAUAUGCGCAUCCGGGUGAGAAGGCUCGCCGCCGUGACCCGAGGAAGUUUCACUAUUCCGGCACGGCAUGUCCUGAGUUUCGUAAAGGGAACUGUAGAAAGGGUGAUGGUUGUGAGUUCGCACACGGCGUAUUCGAGUGUUGGCUUCACCCGGCGCGCUAUCGUACGCAGCCAUGCAAAGACGGGAUGAACUGUAAGAGAAGGGUUUGUUUCUUUGCUCACUCGGCUGAUCAGUUACGAGUUCUGAGUCCCCAGGCCGACUCGUACGACGGCAGUUCGCCCCACCGACUCGCUUUUAUGUCGUCUUCGGAUUCUGGGUCGCCAACGACUGAGUCGCCGCCGAUGUCUCCAAUGACCAACUCUCCGAUGUCUAACUCGGCUAGCAAGCUGAGUCGGUCUGUGGGUUCCAGCUCUAUCAACGAAAUGGUGGCUUCUCUAAGCAAGCUGCAGUUGAAUCACGCGAAUUCCAUGCCAUCUCCUUUGAAUCGUCAGGUGGGGCUCUCUUUCCCCAUCAGCCGACCCGGGUACUUUAGCCUACCCACCACUCCGACUCAGACCGUUUCACGACCAGGGAUGGGGUACUUGGAUGCUUGGGACGAGAAUUAUGGGUCUGAGGAGCCAAUGAUGGAGAGGGUCGAAUCAGGUAGGGACUUGAGGGCGAGGAUGUUCGAGAAAUUGAGCAAAGACAAUCCUCUGGACCGAGAUGCUCCGAACCCGAAUCCAAAUCCAAAGACUUCCGAUUCCCCAAACCCGGAUGUGGAAUGGAUAUCGGAGCUGAAAUUGAAUAGAACAUGA